CAUAGCGCCGACGCCGCGGCCAAAUUUCCGAACUCAGGCACACACUCAUACAGUACAUGGACACGCAGAUACACUCUCCGUCACACACUCUCUCACACACACACAAACGCACAACUGAAGAGUAAUUCCCCCAAAAUUCAAACAUAUUUUCCAAAAACGAACCGAUCGAAGUCACUGAUCUCUCCAUCACGGAGCUCACCGAUCGAUUCCGGCCGGAAUCUGACACCAUGUCGCCGGAAGAGACCGUUUCCCGGUCUCUUCUCGACAAACCUCUCCACCAACUCACUGAAGAAGACAUUUCUCAACUCACUCGCGAAGAUUGCCGCCGAUACCUCAAAGAAAAAGGGAUGAGACGGCCGUCGUGGAACAAAUCGCAGGCGAUCCAACAAGUCAUAUCUCUGAAGACGCUACUCGAAGCGACGCCGGAUUCUGAUGCCGGAACUCGCAAGAAGCUCUACAUUCCCCGCCCUGAAAAUCCACAACCUUUUCGUAAAGAACCGAGUGCCGAUACGCCGAUCUCUGAAUCUGCCGAAGAAUGGGUUCCAUAUAGGCGAAAAGACCCUGAAAAACCCGACCUUUCUGGCGAUUCAUCGGGCCGUCUAAUUGCCGCCAACAAUGACUCAAUUCCUAACAGAACCACAGGUGCAACAAUCAGCCCAGCUGGUCAAAUGACAAUCUUUUAUUGUGGCAAGGUGAAUGUCUAUGAUGAUGUGCCAACUCAUAAGGCACGAGCAAUAAUGCAGCUUGCUGCAAGCCCACUCCAUUUGUCUUCAGAAGUUCAAUUUGAUGGAACUGCAGAAAAACAAGCAGUAUCAUUCCAUUUACAGGCUGCAAAUGUCAAAGUUGGCUCAGAUUUUCCUGUGCCGAUCUUGCCAGCUCUGCAAACAGGGAACAUGACUGAUAACCACCAGCUGCACAGGGAAGAAAGCAAUAUUUAUCGUGAAGAUGACCCUGCAGCUGAAGGUACAGCAAGCAGAAAAGCAUCAGUGCAAAGAUAUCUUGAGAAAAGGAAAGACAGGUUUAAGAGCAAAAGAAAGGCUGGAAUGUCUUCAUCUGCUGGCUUGGAUACUUACUUAAACCAUCAGAUGGCGAGUCAGAACUUGAAUCAGCACAUAAGUAGGAGUGAUACAUGCUCCCCACCCCACAUCAGACCCCCCAGUACACCCACCCGGGUGCAUCUUGGUGGAGAAUAAAAUAGAGAAGAGUGCCAAUCUUUCAGCUGGUCUUAAUGACAAAGAUGGUUGAAAGAAUGCUCGAGUUAAAACAACUUUGAAGUCUGCUUGCCAUGAUGAUGCAGGAGUUCUUGCUUACAAUAUUUUCCUUGGCAUGUAAUUUAUGUAUCAACUUAAAUGUUGAUGAGGAAUUUGUGGUCCAUUUCAUUUCGGAUGCACAGGACUGAGUUUGGGGAAGAAAGGUAAGCAUGGCAUUUUGGUUUCUCGUCAUGCUAUGGAAGGACUUAUGGAGCCUAUAUCCAUCCUCGAUGGUUUGCUGAAAAUGACUUAGGUUGCAUAAAAAUGUGAGCUUCCCGGGAAAAUCUUCUUAUCGGCAUAUAAAGUCUGUCUUUUUGGCUGCUGCCGUGUAUAAUUUGAAUGAAAGAGACUUUUAGGUCCAGUAUUUGUCUCUACUCCAUGCCAUGGUCGCCAUAGUUACUUCUAAAAUCAUUCUGAAAUCUUUCUGAUAAGAAGCAAUUACUUGUGGGCCUUUGAGGUGGAUACUGGUUUCUUACCGAUAAGGAUCCUCAUAAA